CUGUUAUUUCACUGAGGCCAUAUUGAAGUAUAUAUAUAACGUGUCAGUCUUGUUCGUGUCAGCAAUCGUGUUAAAUUGCAUAAGUGCGACCUCUGCUGGGCGUGUCUACGCGUUACAGUUCACCAUACGCGAUUCCGUUUCCGGUGAAACAGGCUAACAUGGCGACUUACGCAGCAAAAGAACCGAGGGUAUAAAGUCCUUUCCUGAACGAUUGCUUUAGUUUAUUGAUAACAACCACCCACGGUGUGUGCUACUGGGCUAAACAAAUAAGGCUGACUUGGCCUGACGAUGACGGAACCGGAAAGGGAACGGAGUUUAGCGCGCUACUGCUGCACGGCGGGAAACGGGAUGGAGCCUUUCUUAGCGGAGGAGGUGAAAAGGAGGCUCUCAGCUGAGGACGUGUGUCAGAUCCCAGGUAGGCUGCUGUUCAGCUCCUCUGCUCCGAUAAGCAAAGUGACGCAGCUGAAGUCGGCAGAGAGACUCUUCCUCCUGUUGAGACAGGACUCACCUGUCAAGCUGCCUGUGCACACCAGCCAAGCGAAGGUGGCCUCGGUGCUACAGGCCAGACUCCUGGGUAACAGGAGGGAAUGGAGUGAUGGUUUAAUGACAUGGAGUCGUCUUCAGAGAGACCUGGCCGUCAGCUGUGGUUCUGCCCACAGACCAAAUCCAACAAGGAAACCACAAAGGAAGAGCGGCAGUCCUGCAAAGGAGAAAGAGAUUGAAACGGAGAUAGUCGAGGAGGAGGAGGAGGAGGGCAAAGACAGAAAGUCGAAAAAGAGAAAGAGAGAGCUGGACACUGAAGAGAGUCUGGCUGAGAGAAAAAGGGAAGUGGAAAGUGGAGUGGAGGAAAAUGAGGGGGGCGGUCAUGUGAAAGGAAGAUGUUGCGGAGGUGGCUGGAAUGAGACACAGACAUUGGAACAGAAAAGAAAUGGAGACGAGACAAAGAGGAGGAAUGAGGUUGAGAGGAAGAGAGAUGGUGAGAGGAGGGUGGAAACAGGAAAGGAAAAAGAAAAGAGUGGGCAAAUCAGUGGCAAUGGAGCAAACACACUUCACACACCAGAGAGGAAGAAAAAUGAGACGUAUGACUGGCUGGGUGGGGCUGGUGAGUCUUGCGGGGUCAGACAGAACGGAGCGAGCAAGGCAGCAAAGAGAAAGAGCGAGGAGGAUGGGGAUGAUAGCAGAAGUGUGGCUGCAGAGGUUAGUCCUUCAGGAGCACACACAUCCAUGACAGCACCAGGCAUGUGUAGCGGAGAGCGGGUCUCCGGCAGUAAACACACCGUACCAGGAGUCGGCUGCUGCCCCGAGGUGGACGACAUGGUGAACAGCGGCCUGGCUGUGGAAGGUGUGGAACAUGUGAACACCACGAAGGAAAGUGUGCUCCAGCCCUCCCCCCCCGCUGCUGUUUCCUUCAGGGUGAACUGCAAGUGCACCGGAUCCCUGUCCAGAUGCCUAAGUGCACAGGAGGUGAGCUGUGUGUUUGCAGCAGGACUGAGGAGAUUGAUGGGUUGGAAGUCAGACCUCAAGAAUCCACAACUGGAGGUAAACUUGAAUUUGAGUGAUGACCACUGCAUCCUGGGAAUACCGCUGACCAGGUCACCCCUGUCAAACCGCCGCUACAUGAAACACACAGGCGUGAGGUCCACUGUAGCCUGGGCCAUGACCUCACUAGCUCACAUACAGCCAGGCUACCGUGUGGUAGACCCGAUGUGUGGGGUGGGAACCAUCUUAAUAGAAGCUGCACAGGAGCACCAGGGUGCUCAUUUCUUGGGCGUGGACAUUGAUGACAGACAGCUGCAGAAGGCCAAUGAAAACAUAUUAUUUGCAGACCUGCAGGACAGGAUACAAGUGAUGCAGGCUUCAGCCAUGGAGCUCCCCCUGCCCAACGCUAGUGUGGACGCUGUGGUCUGUGACCUACCUUUUGGCAGGAAGUUCGGCACAAAGACAGACAUGGCUGCCACCCUGCUGCUCCUGGUGGCAGAGAUGGAGAGAAUCCUUCGUGUUGGCGGUACCUUGGUUAUCCUUCUAAGUCCCCAGUUGUCUUGCCUCCUGAAAAAGCUCCAGGCUCAACCCGAGACUGAACUCCCCGCGACCCAGGAGGAAGAGCCUUGGACUGGGCUCCAGUCUCCCCCUUUCUCUGCUGUAAAACAGGAGAACCAGCAGACCCCACCAGGCAACACGUCAUCAACUCUCCAGCAAGAAGAGCCCUGCCCUGAGCUGAAACACAGGCCCUCAGCCCCUCUGUGUUCUUUGAAACACCAGGCCACAUACCGGGUCGGACUAGGGGUGAUAGAUGGACUAAUUAAUAAAUAUGUAAAAUACAGACAGGAUGAUGAGUACAUCGCCAGAUCCGGUUUGUAAUAACACACAAGGUAAAAAUUAAACAAAUGUUAUUAAUAUCCUGAUAAUUGAGUGCUGUGGUGUGUGUAAUUUGAAAAAAAAAACGAUAUUGCUUUGCCAUGAUAUAAGCACGUCCUUACACCUUUAUUUUCCCUCUUUACAGUAGAGUUUAUUUAUCUUGGCUCUUUUGCUCGGUCUCUUGCACAAGCAGAUGUUUUGCAGUAAAAACUACAGUUGCUGUUUUAUGUGAGAGAAGAUUUUCCUGAAAAUUAAACUGUUUGAUUCUCUCUGUCAGUUGGACUACGUUCACUGUGUUGUGACCCGGCCAUCUGCCACCAUUAGUCCCAUGUUACCCUGUUUUCUGUGCAGCCAUAUGGGGCUUACAGGGGCUUAACAGCCAUGCCCUCUCUUAGACACACAUCCAAAAAAAGAAAGAA